AUGAGCUGGGCUCUCUUUAUAAUCAGCGGUGCAGGGUUCGAUAUUCGAGUAACUUGGCCGCAUGAAGACGGCAAUAGUCAGGUCGACAAAGCAGACGGAGCUGAUUCAGUAUUCACAGGGUCUCAGCCGCCGCCAGGACAUACCAUGAACUACCGUGAGGCACUCAGUGAGCUUCUUCACAAUAUCAUGUGGACGUUUAUGGGUCCUCCGUCCGUAUUAUUGAAGUCGCCUGUCAAGGUUCACCGCAAAGUAGGACAGGCCAUGUCCGAAUGGGGCAACUACAUGGACGAAAUCUUCCAACUCAAAAAGGACCAAGUAUCCUCCGGCCAAGACGCCCACGGCAUGGACCUCUUCCGAGCCCUCAUUCGCAACUCAGGCAUCCUUGAUGAAAACCAGACCACCAUCCAGAAGUCCGAUCUUCUAGGAAACGCCUUCGUCCUCAUGCUCGCAGGCCACGAAACCACCGCCAAUGCCCUACACUACUCCCUCAUCUUCCUCGCGAUGCACUGGUCUUCCCAGAAGAAACUCCAGGACGACAUCGACGAAGUAAUCCAAGGACGGCCAAUCUCAGACUGGAAAUACGAAGAGACCUUCAAGCCGCUCUUCAACAGCAUGCCCGCCGCCGUCAUGAACGAAACCCUCCGCAUAAUGACGCCCAUCAACAACAUUCCCAAGUCCACCGCGCCAGGCCGCCCUCAGCAAUUUACCAUGGACGGCGAGCAGUACACCAUGCCCGGAGGCACCCAAGUCUCGCUCUCCUGCGCUAUCCACAAAAACCCCAGAUACUGGCCUGCGCCUCCCGGCGAGGAAAUCGUAAACGGCAUCCCGGAUGCACAGCGCUUCCGCCCAGAACGCUGGCUCAACAAGUCCCAAACUACCGACUCCUUCGCGGAUAUCGCCUAUGAUGACGAGGAGCUGCGCGGUCCCUCAGGAGAAGACACAUCGUCCAAUCUGUUCAAGCCCGUCAAGGGCUCGUACAUCCCAUUCAGCGACGGGUUCAGGUCGUGCAUUGGGCGGCGAUUCGCGCAGGUAGAGCUUCUGACUGCAUUUGCAGUCAUAUUCACGCAGUAUAGCGUUGAGCUUGCCGUGGACGAAUGGGCUAGUGAGGAGGAGAUGGAGAGGAUGGACGAGAAGGGACGAGAGGAAGUGUGGAGGAAGGCGGCGAAUCGUGCGUGGUUCUUGUUGAAGAAGAAAACGGCGAGCAUUAUUACGCUGCAGUUGAGGGGGUAUACGAUUCCUAUACGGUCGAGGGAAUCUAUGCGUGAAUUUAGUGAGCUACAUCUUCACAUCUUUUCUGGCGCGAUGCGGGCGCUCAAUGGGCUGCUGGGUGCGCGGGGUCUUCUGUUGCUGAGCGCGUGGAGGCAUCUUGGUGUCCGCGCCGGACCCACGAUCAACGUCGCGCUGAAGGCUUCGUUUAACUCUGCGCCCUAUCUGGUGGAGUUAUUAGAAACCGCUGCAGAAGAAAACGCUACCGCAUACUUUCCCCUCCUCGACCGCAUAGCGGACGGCUACUUCGAUGCCGCGAAGACAGACCAGGAGCUCUUCACAUCGUUUGUGGAGCUGCUGCAGACGGACGGACAUAUUUCGGACCGCGAGACGCUUUCGUCGUUCCAGUUUGCGCUCUCCGUGCGGUCGGCUGCCCCGAGGAUAGAGGCACAUUAUCAGUUCUACAACACUUCGGUGGAGCCGUCGUUACAGGGUGAACAGGGACCGGAUUGUGAGACAUGGGUGGCUUUCGGAGGGAAGCAGUAUUGCUCCCCGCAGUUGGAGGAGAGCCAUGGGAAUGUGAAGGGCGAGCGGUGGGUUCCCCUUGACAGGACGUUCGAGACGGAGCUGAUAUAUGCAGGUCGUAUGAAUUGCCCUUCGACCGGACAUUGGGGAAUAGCUCGCAUGCGCUGCCUUCGAUUCUCUACGCCGAUAUCACAUCCCCCCGCUUUUUCGAAAUUCCAUAAGACGCUGAGGAAGACCGCCGAGGAGGGGAAGACGUCGUACCGCGUGCGACACAAGCCUUCUGCUAAUGCAUCGAAGUCGCCCCUGGUGGUGAAUGGAUACGGUGUCGCGUUGCAGCUGAAGAGGACGGACUAUAUCGUCAUUGAUGAUCGGGCGCCAGCUGACCAGGGAGAGAAGCAGAAGUCGCUGGAUGCGGAGCUGCACGAUGAAGCAGAUGUGUCGGACCUGAAGCCGCUCGCCAAAGAUGAGGUAGCGGAUCUCGGGCUAAAGGCUGCCAGUUUCGUGAUGAAGAGCGAUCAUCCUAUGGACACCUUGUUGAAGCUCGUUCAAGACUUUCCAAAGUAUUCCUCCGCUAUUGUGGCACACAAUGCUUCCGAGAAUUUUGUCACAGAGCACGAGUCCAACCGCGCACAACUACUUCCCGCUGGUCUCAACAUCCUCUGGAUCAAUGGCGUGCAAGUCCCUGUCCGCGACAUCAAUCCCCAGGGUCUCUCCGGCCCUGACGCAAUCUCCCUGCUCUCGCAUUCUGCCAUCACGGAAACGCAAGCAGAAGACGAACCCCAGCGCUACGACUUCCGUGACGAAAUCGAAGGCGGCGAUGUCAUCAUCUGGAUGAACAAUAUUGAGAAGGACUCCAGAUACGAGACCUGGCCUUCGCAGAUCCAAGCGUUGCUGCAGAGGACGUACCCAGGACAACUGCCAUCCGUCCGUAAAGACAUCCACAACGCUAUUGUGCCAGUUGACUUUACUUUCAAAGACGAUGUCUUUAUGGUCAUCGAAACUGUACUGGGUUUGAUUCAACGCGGCAUUCCGAUUAGAUGGGGUCUCGUCCCGCUCACCAAGACGCAAGGCGCUGCUGAGCAGGCGAAGGUCGUAUACCAUUUGAUUGAUACCUAUGGUUUGAGUACAUUAAUUAAGUAUCUCGAUGCUUCUCUCGAAGCAAAGAAGCUGGCACAGCCGGACAAGGCCGUGUUCGACGCCGUUGUCAAGGACGCUACUCUUCGCGCCGAGCGCCGAGCUCUUCAAUUUACAGAUGUAUCACAUUCGGUGGACGUUACACAGCGUCUGGAAGGUGCGCAAAAGUACCUUGCCCGUCUGGCUGCAGAUGGAACAAGCGCUCCCAUCUUCGUCAAUGGCGUGGCUAUCGGAAAGGAUGAGGCAUGGUUGCAAUAUAUGAGUCAACGCAUUGGACAGGAUCUUCGCCAGAUCCAGCAACUGGUUUUCGAGGACACACUUAACGACGAUAGCUGGAUUCCGCAGUAUUUCUUGUUCCAGGCUGCGAGGAAGCGCAACCCGCUGAUCAUCCCUGAGAACGAGAAAAACAUCACGCUCAUCGACAUGGCUGAAUUUGUAGAGAAGCAUGGCGCGAUUUUCAACGUGUUGCCGCGCGUACAAGCUGCAGAAUCAGCUAAUAAGGAAGACUGGGCCCAUGUCACUCUUGUUGGAGAUUUCGAUUCAGACCCCGGUUUGAGCCUGCUCAAGUCGGUGGCUCAGUAUCGUGAAGAGAACCCGAACGUCGAAGUUGUGCUUCUCCACAACCCCCAAGCAGGCGCUGAUCAGUCUAGUGCCUCUGAGGAUAUCUUAGAAGCAUGGGUUAAGUCACUCAACGACCUCAGCAUCGAGCAACUACAGACAAUCGCGGCACAGGAGCCCAGUUUCUCACCCACUUUGGGGAAUACCACCCUCUUCUGGAAGGCUGCGCAGCCGAUCUACGAUGCACUCGGUCUUCAGCCCGGUCAGCACGGUAUUCUGGUUAACGGCCGCUUCGUCGGAACUAUCCCGGCUGCAAACCCCUUCUCUAAGUCUGACAUUGAAACAUUGGUUACCUACGAGACUAGAAAACGUAUCGAGCCGCUCAGCAAGGCGCUCAAGGCGCUUGAGCUGACGGAGAAGGUCAAGUCUCCCCUCGACGUAGCCAAGAUUCAGUCGCUUGUCGCCCUCUCUACGAUCUCAGAUAUCCCGGAAGGCAUGUUUGAGUCUGCAUCAACGCUCAGGAUCGACCGAUUCAGACAGUGGAAUGACGCCCACACAGCAAUCGUCACGGGCGACAACAACACUGCUAUUAUCCAGGUUGUCGCAUCCAUUGAUCCCGCAACGGAGCUGGCUCAGAAAUGGGUGCCUAUAUUGAAAGCACUGUCAGACAUGGAUGGCAUUCACCUGAAGCUUUAUCUUAAUCCUAAGCAGAUGCUGUCUGAGUUACCUGUCAAGCGUUUCUACCGAUACUUGCUCGCCUCGAAGCCCUCCUUCAACGAAGACGGCUCUGUCAACAGCCUGGAAGCCCACUUCUCCGGAAUCCCAAAGGAAGCGUUGCUCAACCUGGGCAUGGAUGUCCCGCCAUCGUGGCUCGUCGCACCUGAGGAAUCCAUCCACGACCUGGACAAUAUCAAGCUCAGUUCAUUGCCCGCAGGCGCCAACAUUGACGCCAUUUACGGCCUCGAAAGCAUCCUCAUUGAAGGUCAUUCGCGCGAUACGACCAACGGCGGUCAGCCGCCUCGCGGCGCCGAGGUCGUUCUCGCCACAGAGAAAGACCCUCACUUUGCUGAUACAAUCAUCAUGGCCAACUUGGGCUACUUCCAGUUCAAAGCCAACCCCGGUUUCUACAAUAUCCAUCUCAAAGCCGGUCGCAGUUCAGAGAUCUUCUCCUUUGAUAGCGCCGGACCCGCCGGCUGGGCACCCGUUCCUGGUGACGAAACCAGCGAGAUCGCGCUCAUGUCCUUCCAAGGUCUCACUCUCUUCCCGCGCCUGUCCCGAAAACCAGGUCAAGAGACCGCGGACGUGCUUGCCUCAGACGACUCCCUCGCGGUCGAGCUCAUGGAGAAGGGCACGCAAAAAGUAAACAAGCUCCUCAGCAAAGUAGGCCUCAACUUCAACACCGAGAAGGUCCUCAAGCAGGGCGCCUCUCUCUUCCAAUCCUCCAAGUCCUCGGGCAAAGGCGUACAAGCCGACAUCAACAUCUUCUCCGUCGCCUCGGGCCACCUCUACGAGCGCAUGCUCAACAUCAUGAUGCUCUCCGUCAUGAAGCACACGUCGCACACGGUCAAAUUCUGGUUCGUAGAGCAAUUCCUCUCACCCAGCUUCAAAUCCUUCCUCCCGCACAUGGCCGCCGAAUACGGCUUCGACUACGAACUGGUCACGUACAAGUGGCCGCACUGGCUGCGCGCGCAGUCGGAAAAGCAGCGCGAGAUCUGGGGCUACAAGAUCCUCUUCCUGGACGUGCUCUUCCCGCUCGACCUCGACAAAGUCAUCUUCGUGGAUGCAGACCAGAUCGUUCGCACGGAUAUGUACGAGCUUGUCACCUUCGAUCUGGGCGGCGCGCCGUACGGGUUUACACCCAUGUGCGACUCUCGCACAGAGAUGGAGGGCUUCCGCUUCUGGAAGACGGGGUAUUGGGCGAACUUCCUGAGGGGCAGGCCGUAUCAUAUUUCUGCGCUGUAUGUCGUCGACCUGGUGCAAUUCCGGCGUCUCGCGGCGGGAGAUCGUCUGCGCCAACAGUACCACUCUCUCUCCGCGGAUCCCGCCUCCCUGUCCAAUCUCGACCAGGAUCUCCCCAAUAACAUGCAGUUCAACCUCGAGAUCAAGAGCUUGCCGCAGGAGUGGCUGUGGUGCGAGACGUGGUGCUCCGACGAGAGUCUGAAGGACGCGAAGACCAUCGAUCUGUGUAAUAAUCCGCAGACGAAGGAGCCGAAGUUGGAGCGGGCGAGGAGGCAGGUGCCUGAGUGGAAUGUGUAUGAUGAGGAGGUUGCGAGGCUGGCUGGGCGGGUGAGGGGGGAGAAUGUGCAGAAGGUGGAUGUGCAGGAGGAGUUGCAGAAGGAGGAGCAGAGGAGGGCGGAGGAGGAGAGGAGGGCGGAGGAGGAGAGGAGGAGGAGGGAUGAGUUGUAA